AUGUCGAUUAUGAGCUAUACUGGUGGAACUGUGGUCGCAAUGGCCGGCGAUGAAUGUGUCUGCAUUGCUUCUGAUCUUCGCAUCGGAGAGCAAAUGACAACGAUUGCAACGGACCAGAAAAAAGUGCACAAAGUGACAGACAAAGUAUACGUCGGACUUGCUGGAUUCCAAUCUGACGCUCGUACCGUUCUGGAGAAAAUCAUGUUCCGCAAAAAUCUCUACGAGCUCCGUGAGAACCGCCGCAUCAAGCCACAAGUUCUCUCCGAAAUGAUCUCCAAUCUGGCUUAUCAACAUCGUUUUGGAAGCUACUUCACCGAGCCACUCGUUGCCGGACUCGACGACACUAAUAAACCAUAUAUCUGCUGCAUGGACACGAUCGGCUGUGUCUCAGCUCCACGAGACUUCGUGGCUGUUGGAACAGGACAGGAGUAUUUGCUUGGAGUUUGCGAGAAUUUCUGGCGCGAGAACAUGAAGCCAGAUGAGCUCUUCGAGGCCACAGCUCAGUCGAUUCUUUCCUGCUUGGAACGCGACGCAGCUUCCGGAUGGGGAGCAGUUGUCUACACAAUUACUAAGGAUAAAGUGAACAUCUCAACCAUCAAAGCUCGCAUGGAUUAA